UAACUCACAUCAGAUUUUGCAAACCACUAUCUUGUAUGAAUUACAGCAAGUAGUGAUGAUCAUCAUGUUCUACUUCUUUCUUCUCUUUCUUUUCCUCUCUAAUAUUUCACUUACUGUUAGUUCCCAACAUCAUCAUCAUCAUCUUCUACUGUGUCAUCCUCAACAAAGCUUAGCAUUACUUCAAUUCAAGAAUGCUUUUUCCUUGGGUGCGCCAUCAAGUUAUUGCAGUAAGUCGUAUCCAAGAACAACAACAUGGAAUGAGAGCACAGAUUGCUGUUUAUGGGACGGCGUGGAGUGCGACGACCAAGGACAAGGCCAUGUGGUUGCCCUUCAUCUUGGUUGCAGUUUACUCCAAGGAACUCUUCAUCCUAACAGCACCCUUUUCACUCUUUCCCACCUCCAAACCUUGAAUCUUUCUUCUAACAAUUUUUCAGGAUCUCCCUUUUCACCUCAAUUUGGAAUCCUUUCAAACUUGAGAGUUUUGGAUCUUUCCAGGUCCUUUUUCAAAGGCCACGUUCCAUUACAAAUAUCACAUUUGUCUAAAUUGGUUUCCCUUCAUCUUUUUUAUAAUUUCGAUCUCACUUUUUCAAACAUGGUUAUGAAUCAACUUGUUCUUAACCUAACCAAUCUAAGGGAUCUUGGGCUUGCUCAUACAAAUCUAUCACACAUCAUACCCACUUCUAAUUUCAUGAAUUUCUCUCUCUCUCUAGAGUCUCUUGAUCUUUCUUAUUCCUACUUGUCUGGAAAUUUUCCUGACCACAUUUUCAAUCUUCCAAAUUUACAUGUGUUAGCACUUCAAUAUAACCUUGAGUUGAAUGGACAUCUGCCCACGUCUAAUUGGAGUCGAUCCCUUCAACUUUUGGAUCUUUCUUUCACUAAUUUUUCAGGAGGGAUCCCAAGCUCCAUUGGUGAAGCCAGAGCCUUGAGGUAUUUGGACCUUGGAUCCUGCAACUUCAAUGGUGAAAUUUCUAAUUUCGAAAUCCAUUCUAAUCCUUUGAUCAUGGGUGAUCAAUUAGUACCCAAUUGUGUGUUCAACAUCACCAAAAGAGCACCUUCUUCAUCUAAUUCAUUUUUAAGUACUCUUCUUCCUGGAAAUGUUUGUUCAACAGGACAGCUUUCAAAUCUUACCCAUUUGAACUUGGCAAGCAACAAUUUCACUGGUGUCAUCCCCUCUUGGCUAUUUUCAUUACCAACCUUAAAAUUUCUGAAUCUAUAUCAUAACAAUUUCUCUGGUUUCAUGAGGGAUUUUAGGUCCAACACAUUGGAGUAUGUUGAUGCAAGUUUUAACCAGUUCCAAGGUGAAAUCCCCUUGUCCGUCUAUAGACAAGUGAACCUUAGAGAGUUAAGAUUAUGCCACAACAAUUUGAGUGGGGUUUUUAAUUUAGACAUUGAGAGAAUCCCAAGUCUAACAUCUCUAUGUGUUUCCAACAAUCCCCAACUCUCAAUAUUCUCAUCCAAACCUAUCUCCUCAAAUCUUGAAUUCAUUAGUAUGUCAUCCGUCAAAUUAAACAACAAUGUCCCCUACUUUUUAAGAUAUCAGAAGAAUUUGAGCAUUCUAGAACUUUCUCAUAAUGCUUUGUCCUCAGGAAUGGAGCAUCUCCUCUCUUUGCCUAAGUUAAAGAGAUUGUUUCUUGAUUUUAAUUUGUUCAAUAAGCUACCAACUCCAAUAUUGUUGCCAUCAAUUAUGGAAUAUUUUAGUGUUUCAAAUAAUGAGGUAAGUGGAAACAUUCAUCCUUCAAUUUGCGAAGCCACCAAUCUUAUAUUCCUUGAUUUGUCAAAUAAUAGCUUUAGUGGUACAAUUCCACCUUGUCUCUCCAACAUGUCUAAUCUAAACACUUUGAUAUUGAAAAGUAACAACUUUUCUGGGGUUAUUCCCACACCACAAAAUAUUCAAUACUACCUUGCUUCAGAAAAUCACUUCACUGGAGAAAUCCCAUUUUCAAUCUGCUUUGCAAACAACCUUGCAAUCCUUGGUCUUUCCAAUAAUCACUUGAGUGGUACACUUCCACCAUGUCUCACAAACAUAGCUUCUCUGUUAGCAUUGAAUCUUCAAGCUAACGACAUUUCUGGAACCAUUCCCUCAACAUUUUCAACAUCAUGUAAGUUAAGAAGCCUUGACUUGAGCAACAACAAACUAGAAGGAGAAUUGCCAACCUCCUUGUUGAACUGUGAGGAUCUCCAAAUUUUAGAUGUUGAAAAUAAUAAUAUAACAGGUCACUUCCCCCAUUGGUUGUCUACUCUCCCGUUACGAGCUCUUAUCUUUCGAUCAAAUCGAUUUUACGGUCACCUCAACAACUCAUUCAACACAUACUCUUUUUUCAACCUACGAAUCCUUGAUCUAUCUUUCAAUCAUUUUAGUGGCCCAUUACCAUCAAACUUGUUUCUAAACUUGAGAGCCAUAAAAAAAUUUGAUUUGAUACCUCAAUUUGAUGAUUACCUUUAUCCUGAAUGGUUUUUCUUCGGCUCCUCGGAUAAUUACCAAGAUUCCUUGUUAUUAACACUAAAAGGAUCGAACCAAAGGGUGGAAAGAAUACUGAAGGCAUUCAAAGCUAUGGAUUUAUCAAGUAAUGAUUUUAGUGGAGAGAUACCAAGUGAAAUUGGGAUACUUCGGUUUUUGGGAGGUCUCAACAUUUCCCACAAUAAGUUAACAGGUGAAAUUCCUACGUCGUUGGGAAAUUUGACAAACCUCGAAUGGUUGGAUCUUUCUUCAAAUGAACUCAGAGGUCAGAUCCCUCCUCAGUUGGGUGCUCUUACAUAUCUCUCUAUUUUGAACCUCUCACAAAAUCAAUUGUCAGGACCAAUUCCUCAAGGAAAACAGUUUGCUACUUUUGAGAGUUCUUCAUACGUUGGAAAUAUUGGACUCUGUAACUUUCCUCUGCCAAACUGUGGUGGGGAUGAAACAGGGAAUAGCCAUGAAUCUCAAUUAGUAGAUGAUGAUGAUGAAGAUGAUAGUUUAUCAAAAGGGUUUUGGUGGAAAGUUGUAUUCUUGGGGUAUGGAUGUGGAAUGGGCUUUGGAAUUUUUGUUGGAUAUCUUGUUUUUCGAAUUGGAAAACCUGUGUGGAUUGUAGCAAGGGUGGAAGGCAAACCAAGGAGGAACAACUACAGAGCUGCUGGAAGAAAUAACUAAGCUUUGUAUUUGAUCAUAUAUUCAAUUACCAAUAAUGCUAAUGUUAAGUUCUACUGCACCCACGUUUUUUUUUCUUUCAUUUAACAAAUAAAUGUUUACUUCUAUUUCAUAGUUGUAAAUUGAUGAUUGCAAUAUAUCAUAGGGUUUGAAAUA